AGACUGGAGUCAUUUUUCCUUUAAGUUCGUUUGUCCUUAACUGCUCAGAAGUUUUCUGAGAUACAUUAGAGUUGUGUUUUAUGUUAACUGUGAACUUAGUGUCACUUCUAGCUAUUUAUCUUAAGGUUUGCUUUAAGUUUGUGUGAUCAUCCCUUUAAAAAAAAAAUAUUUGUCUUGGGUCAUGCGUGGUUUCAGUUGAAACUUUGCAUGUCUAUGUGUUGUGUUGAUGUAUGACCCUGUGUGUCAUGGACUUGAAUAUCAGUCUGCACUGGUUUCACACCUGUAGCAGUCUGUGUCUGUUUACUACAAUUUAUGAAAAGGAGAAAUUUCCAUUUGUGAUCUGACACUGUGAGCUUAAGCUGUGGAUAUCUCGCCUUGAAUGUGUAUCGGUGAGGCUGUCUCUGGCCCUCAGGGUGACAGCAGUCUUUUGGAAUCUUGGCCAGGUGUAUGUGUUCUUAUGGCACGUGGGAGGGGCCUGAGCUUCUCUCAUUUCCCUGGCAAAUACUGUCACCAGUUCCCUUUUCUUGUCACAAGCCAAACAGCAUCUAGAUAUUAUAUUGCAGAAAUGGAAUGUGUUGAAGUCACCGUGUUUCUACUCAUUUGCACCAUAUUUCUCACUGUCCAUGGUACAGACUCUGAAUACAUUUCGGUGAUGCCCACACAGCAUGGGAGAAAGGGGGACUCUAUGCUCCUCAAAGUGGAGACUCAUUUCAGUUCCCAGAAUGCAACAUUCCAGGGGACCUGGUACAAGACUAAACCCAUGUACACUCAUUUGGUCACUUUCACUGAGAGCAAUGUUAUCCUAAAUAUGCGCCUAAAGAACAAUACAGUACUCAACCUGCCUGACGUCUCACUGUAUAUUGAGCACCUGGAUGAGGACGUAGAGGGGGAAUACAAGAUGGAGAUCAAUAUCAUUUUCUCAGGAAGCUCCAGGCCAGUGACUGUCACGAAGACAGUCAAAGUCACAGUCAGUGUGCCUGUGUCCAUCCCCAUCAUUAGCAAGACCCCAGACUCAGAACUAGUGGAAGACAGAGACAAUGUAACACUGACUUGCUCUGUUGAAAGUGGAACAAAUGUUCAGGUUAAAUGGCUGAGGAACAACAAGUUGGUAGGCCUAAGUGAGAGGCAUAAAUUCUCACAAGACCAUGGCAAGCUUGUUAUAAACCCUGUCAAGAAAGAAGACAUCGGCCAAUACAUCUGUGAGGCCAAAAACCAUAUCAGCAUUGAGCUAAGCAAACAGACUGAUCUCAGUGUGUUCUAUGGGCCCUAUAACCUGGCAGUAAAUUCUGACCAGGGUCUGAAAACUGGAGGGGUGUUUACAGUGAACCCGGGGGAACUGGUCUUUUUCGAGUGUCUUGCGGAUUCAAACCCUCCCAACACCUGCGUCUGGAUCUCAAAGACAAAGAAUGGCACAGAGGUUCUCAUGACUGGUACACGAUUUGAAGUGACAUCUUAUGAGCUAGCCCAAGCUAAGGAGUUCUUGUGUAGAGCAUUCAACAAUGUGACAAAAAAGCAGGAUGAGACUAAGUUCACUCUGGUGGUGGCCAGUCUUGGCAAAGGAAGAGAGAAACAUAUUCAGGAAGGGAGUUCACUGUCUCCCUUGACUUUGAUUACAGUUGCUUCAUUGUGCAUUAUUGUGUGCAUGGUGUUUGUGCUCCUAAGGAAGAGCUGCCAUCCAAGAAGAAUGAUAAAGACUAUGUACAGGCGGCCUAUGACAGAGCAGAGAGGACUGCACCGCUCCGGUCAUGAAGAUGCAACUGAAGACUUUGGCAUCUAUGAAUUUGUCUCCAUACCUGGGAAAAUGGAAUCAACACAGGCAUCCUGCAGGUCUUUGGCACGGUUCGAUUCAGAUUUGCAUACCACCAUCUACGAAGUCAUCAAACAUGUGCCUGAAGCUCCGACACUGAGUCUGCUGAAAUGAGAGAGAGAGAUGGCUAUUCACGUGUGCUGGACAUACAAAAUUUUCACAUUUUUCUCUGUCCUGUCACACAUUCUUUUGUUUUAGAUAAUUGUUUCUUUUAUAUUCUAUCCAAACAAAAUCUGCAGUUUUCACAAGUGCUGAGCACUGAUGUUUUUUAUAUCUUCAAAAGAAUAUAUGUGAAUGAGAACUAUGAAAACAUUUUUUCUGUAGCAACUGGCUUAAUGAAAAUACUAAGAGUAUUUACAGUAUAUAUAAAUACAGUCAGCAAUGUUAUUGUCUUUCUUGCAUUAUGAAUGUAAAUAUGAUGUAAAUAUUUGUACGUUGACACUGUAUUUUUGCACACUGCAAUGUAUUCUGUGAUAUUGCUCAUUACAUUUCAAAGAUCCCACAUAACCGUUCCAUACAUUUCAUAGCAGUUUUUGAAUUUAAAACAGACAUCUUUUGAAUGUUUGUUUACUAUGUGUUGCACCUGUUCACAUUUUACACUCAGAUGACAGAUACAGUCAUUUGAAAAUAAAGGUCUUUGGAAUUA